AUGUCUUCAGCCGUGGACGUUUUUUCCUUUUCGAAUCUGGCUCCAAUCGACAAUAACUUGAAGACAACCCUGGCUUCAGCGACUGUUCCUUUUCGGAGCGGCCUGCCAACCCCUCCUAACGACAUGACUGGAGUGACCUACAAUGCCAUGCCACCCGUUGCGUAUGGCGGGAAACCGAAUGGGAUGCCGGCUCAUCUCUAUGGCAACACACGCCCGUUCGAUUCUAUCUCAUCCUCGAUGAUGGCUGCCAUGAAGCCCCAAAGUCAUGCUGCGCCUGCCAAAGACGCCCCCUCAUCGGAACCGGUGGCUCAGAAGAAAUCGACCAGCUCGAGAGGAUCACAGCUUCGCAUUCCCUCGUCUAUCAAUAACAGCAAGGGAAAUCUGGCUGAGUUUGCUGCUCAGAUGACCUGUCUUUUCUGGUUUGAAAAACCAUCAAAACUACAAGCCAUCGAAGAUCACCAGCACCCUGUUCCUUCUCUUGUCGCCGAGGCAAUUCCCACCGUUGGAUUCCAAAAAUGGGUUUCCACGAUUCUCUCUACGACCCAGGUCAGCCAAAAUGUGAUUCUCCUGGCCCUGUUGUUCGUCUAUCGAUUGAAGAAGUUCAACUCUGGCGUCAAAGGCAAGAAGGGGAGCGAGUUUCGGUUGAUGACGGUUGCGUUGAUGCUCGGCAAUAAAUUUCUUGACGAUAACACUUACACCAAUAAGACGUGGGCUGAGGUCUCGGGCAUUGCGGUGCACGAAAUUCACAUCAUGGAGGUCGAGUUCUUGAGCAACAUUCGCUAUGAUCUUUUCUCUUCAGAGUCCGAGUGGAAAAAGUGGCACAACAAGCUGAGUCUGUUCGCCGACUACUUCAACCAAGCGUCCAUGCUGCCCGUCGAGUCCGCCACUCUCCGUGUCUCGCCGCCUCGUUUGCAAUCGCAAUCGCCAUCUUCCAAAUUGCCGUCGCCUAGCAGCGAUUUCCGCCAUCAGUCACAGCCUGCCUGGUACAUGCCCUCGAAUGGGCUGCCACCAUACUCGCUGCCACCUCAGCCACUGAGUGGGGAUCUCGCCAUGGGAGGCUCACGGAAGCGUAGCCGUGAUGAGAACGACGACCUUAACCCGACCAAGCGGGUUGCGAUGUCCUCCGCCACCACGGCUCCUUCAAUGACGGCCCCAGCAAACAACAUGAACGCCAUGCCCACUCUGCCACCUGUCCUGACUCCCACAUCGGCUCCGGUCGCGCCCAUGAGCAACAUGUCUCGUCUUCCGCCUCCGCACCAAGCCCCUCACCUCCCGAACUCUUACUCUACGCCUCAGUCCCUUCCCUCUGCCACCCCUUCGCAUCUCCCGGCAAUUAUGCCUCCUAUGUACCACCGUCCGCAGAACUGGCAGCAGAUGCCACCUCUCUCCGUCCCCCCAAUGCAAACUGGCACUUACACGGCGCCCACUUUGCCAGAGCUUGGACGGCACCAUCCAGGCUCAUACGGCGUGUCCUCUGCCGCAGUCUCCCCGGCAGUAUCUGCCUACUCUGUUCACACCCCGCAAAAUCACCUCUCUCCUUCCUUCUUCCUCGCCAAUCGAAAUUCACCCUACCGACCUGUGCGCUCAGUGAACACCUUGUUGAUCCCACCGCCAUCAAGCUCAUUGCAGCAGCAGCGCAGCGUCCCAUUCGAUCACAUGCAUUAUCAGCCACUGGGCAAGGGUACUACCUCCCGCAAAACGGGUCUUCUGCCUUAUAUCCAGCCUGAUGCGUGGAACCCUCCUUAUCUGCAACCUAUCUAUCCACCUUCCAGCUAUGCUGGUUGA